AUGUUUAGGACGGCUCUCCUCGGCCUUGCCGGUGCCGCAGCUGUCCGAGCAACAUCCCGGUUCGACACACCACCCGGGACACUUGCCGGUAUACCAUCAACAACCACCAUCACCAUCAUACCAGAACCAACUACCACGACCGUCCGAACGGGUCAGCCGGGUACCACAGGCCCAGACAAUGCACCAGCAACAACUACCAUCACCAUUGUGCCCGAACCAACCACCACGACCGUCAGAACAGGUCGGCCCAGUGACGUUCCAAGCACAACCACCAUUACCAUUAUACCAGAACCAACCACCACUACCGCCAGUGACGUGCCAAGCACAACCACGGCUUCGAGUGACAGCUCUUCCACACACUCGACCACAACUGACUCGAGUAACAGCUCCCACCAAGACAAGCCAGAGCACAAGCCAAACUUCGUCUUCCCCUACGGAGCAACCCAGCUCAUCAUGGACGACAAGCUCGAGCACAAGUCAGAGCACGAGCCAUUCCUCCUCUGUCUCGGUUUCCUCCUCGACUGUGACCAAGAGCCCUACGUCUUCUUCACAGACGUCAUCUUCCUCUAUGACCAAGAGCCCUACAUCUUCUUCGCACCCUUCUUCUACAGGAUCAUCCAGUUCUGUCUCUACCGGGACGAAACGCCCUUCUUCUUCACAGUCAACGUCCACUCCGUCAUCUACCAGGAGACAGGGACCACUACCAAGAAGCCAGAUGAGUCUACAACCAAGGAGACAGGGACCACUACCAAGAAGCCAGAUGAGUCUACAACCAAGGAGACAGGGACCACUACCAAGAAGCCAGACGAGUCUACAACCAAGGAGACAGGGACCACCACCAAGAAGCCAGGAAGUACCACAAAGUCAGGCAGUACCACCACGGAGAAGACUGGGAGCACCACAACAACCAAGUCAGGCAGUACCACCACUGAGAAGACUGGGAGCACCACAACAACCAAGUCAGGCAGUACCACCACUGAGAAGACUGGGAGCACCACAACAACCAAGUCAGGAAGUACCACCACAGAGAAGACUGGGAGCACAACAACAAAGUCAGGAACCACCACCGAGAAGACAGGAACUACCACAAAGUCAGGCAGUACCACAACAGAGACAGGAAGUACCACAAAGUCAGGCAGUACCACCACGGAGAAGACUAGGAGUACUACUACGAAGAAGCCAGGACAUACCACAACCAAGGAGACAGGGCAUACUUCUACUAAGCAAACCACCCCAGGCGUAGUACAAGAUGUCAUAAAAAGUCUUGACAAAUCGAAAAGGCAUUCAAGAAACUUGGCCAUUGGACUCGGGAUUGGAUUGGGUCUUGGUAUCCCUGGUGCUGCAGUCCUCGGCUGGUUUGCAAAAACAUGGUCGUUGAGUAUGGGAACUCCCUUGGUCGCCGACGCCUUGGGCAGAUCCUUGCCGCAAGCGAAUCUGGGCUCAAUUCCGGACUGGACAGGGUCCAACCUGGCGAGCCCUGUCGGCGAUCUGGGCAGCACUUCCCCUCUCUCCAGUGGUAAUUUCGGCAACCUGCCCUUAAGCUCCAGUGGUUCGAGUAGCUGGGAGACCAUCUAUUCAGGAGACGAUAUCUCAAACUGGCUGGACAAUAUCGGAAACGGUGGUUUCGAUAGUCCGUUGGAAUUCCCUGAUGGUCCCGGCUUCCCUGACCCCCCACACUUUCCUCAAUCACCGGCGCCGGGGGGCCAUCCCGGUCCUCUCUUACCGAAUCCCGAAGCCCCGGUGCCCCCAAGCCCACCAUCGCUGCCUGGACUUCCUGACGAGUAUCAAUGGCCCAAUUACCCAGCAGAGCCCCAAUCUGAUCCUGGACAGCCGUACGAUGAAGAUAUGUUUAGUGAUGCGUCGGACUGGGUACCUCAUUCUGACCGGGGGCCUCACAUUCCUGAUGAGUGGAGUGACCCGUCUGCACCUGAUCCCCCUGGGAACGACCCUGGAUCUAAUCCACCAAGUGGUAACGAACCCUCGACCCCUGGGAACGACCCCUCGACCCCUGGGAACGAUCCUAUAUCUGAACCACCAAGUAAUGGCGACCCCUCUAUCCCUGGAAAAUACCCCGAAUCUGAUCUACCAAGUGAUGACGGCCCCUCGACCCCUGGGAACGAUCCUGAAUCUGAACCACCAGGUCCUUACGACCCCUCGAUUCCUGGAAAAUACCCUGAGUCUGGUCCACCAAGUGGUAAUGAACCCUCGACCCCUGGGAACGACCCUGGAUCUAAACCACCAAGUGAUGACGGCCCCUCGACCCCUGGGAACGACCCUGAAUCUGAACCACCAAGUCCUUACGACCCCUCGAUUCCUGGAAAAUACCCUGAGUCUGGUCCACCAAGUGAUAAUGAACCCUCGACCCCUGGGAGCGACCCUGAAUCUGAACUACCAAGUGAUGACGACCCCUCGAUCCCUGAUCCAGAGCCACCCAGGCCUCCUGAGAACAAUAGACCAGAUGAUGGGUCUGACUCUGAGCCUUGGUCCGAAUCUGAUUCAUCAAACUGGAACUCUGAUGAUGGGCCUGUUAUGGUGAUAGAUCCGGGUACUGGGAACAGCCACAUGGUAGACUUUAUUCCGCCGCAAAAUCACCUUCCCUCUCAACCUCCCUCUAGUUGGCUGCCUCCACUGCCGCAAUUUGGAUCUGAGCCAAGUUGGCCAGAUUUUGGAGGGGAGGUGCAGUUGGGCGCCGGAGGCGAGAGCCUGGGAAGCGAAUCAGAAUCGCUGGACAGUUUUAUUGACAGAAUGGAAGACCGGGGCUACAGUGAGACGCAAACUCUCAGGCUCCUCAAAAAGUUCAAAGACGACGUGUCAGCGGUAGAGGCUUACGUGGCAGAAAAAGAAGCUGCCAAGUCACGACCAGGAGCCUCUUCACGGGCACGACGCUCCGUACAAGCUGAGGGUGCUGGGGGCGCUUCAGUAAGCACUGUUCACGCCUCCACCAUCAUCAACCAGGCUUUUGAUAUGGCAUGGACCGGGCUUUAUGGUACUGCUCCCAAUACGCCCGGUGCAGCGCCUGGUUUGAACCUGGAUGUCAGCACAUCGCCACUUGUCCAGAAGGCUGCGCACUUGGCGGCAGAGUCAAAGCCCUGGCCAGAGAUACUCAGGGGAUUCAAGCUGGCUGGCGUUCCUGCUCGAGCGGCAGGGAAUACUUGGACCAUCGUGGAGAGAUCCAUGCAGUUGCCCCCUGGUGCACCGCAGAGUCGAUUUGAAGCCGCCCUCGACACUCUCUGCGGUAUCAUCACUCCUCAAAACUUGGCCAUUGCAGAAGCUGGUAUCGUCACAGCCCGAGAGAAAAACUCCGAGGAUGUCUGGAAUGCUCUACGACAUGCGCGGUUUCCUGAAAGCCACCUCAACAGGACGAUAGAGAUCGCUAACCAAGCCGUCAGCUCGGCCAUUGAGCGGGGACAAGACCCCAUCGUUGAUGCAAUCGAAGCGAUAAGAAGCGCGUUCGUUGUGGCUGUGGGUGAGACUAGCUCUGGUGGCCUUCGCGAGCCAAAUUUGGACAUGAAGCAAGACCUCUACGAGUUUCUCAAACGCUCACACAACUUCUGGGCCCGGUACAUGAAUGCUGUGUACGGCACCUUGAAGCAGCUCGAAGCCAAGCCACACAACAAGACCCUCGACGAUAUCCUCAAGGCCGGACCACCACCGAGGGUCCCGGAUUAUAGGGGUAUCUCCUAUCCCUACCGACGUGGACGGGUCGCCGGCACUGGACAGAACCCAGUACCUGUCCUGCCCGGCCAGCCUUAUGGAGAUUUUAUGCACAUGAAUUCGACAAUGCCAUGGUUCUGUAGGGGCCUGCCCAUUGAGGCGAUAGAUGAAUCCGCACGACAGUUGACCCUUGUCGUGGGUGGCCUGAUUCAGUUGAACGGCGAUCAAGACCAGAGAAACGUCUACCUUUACACCCUCAAGGCGAAUCAAUCGAUGACCCGCGUACUGACAGAAGAGGUCCCAAAGGCUAUCUGCAGACUGCACAUGAAUCCAGGCACCCUGAGGGACUAUGAACUCUGGAAGGACCAGAAGGCGAUGGGAUUCGAUGCAACAUAUCAUGCACUGCUGAGAAUGUGGAGCACAGUGCUGAAGAGCACCGCGGCUCCAACAAAGGUUGAGACGUAUUGUGCGACGCUCUCACCAAAACAAUAUUCCGAGGCACAGAGUAUGUCUCAAAAGUAUCUCUUGGACACUGUGCACAAAUGGGGCCCCCCCCAGACCCCGCGAGACGCGAUCCAGGCAGCUGCGAUAUACAACAAACCCAUGUUCCAAUGGUUGCGCACAUGGGCAGUCCCGGUUUUGACGUGCAAGUUGAACAUGGAACUCAAGCGGUCCACCCUCGGCAAGGACGUAAGGUCCAAGUAUGAGGACGCCUGGAGCCAGAUGAGGGGGCUAUCGUGGCUUCUUGAGAACAUCAACGCGGAUCGCCGACCCUGCGAAGGCCUGGAGAUGGCAGAGCCUGAGAAAGUGGGGCAUUACUGUGCGCUCGAUCUACCCUAAGGCUCUUUCUUGUAGCUGAGGGAGCCAUCAUCUAGAACCCUG